CACGCUCCGCAUGAACCAGGUCGUUCACGAACGACCCAUUACUCCUCCAUGAAUCAACACGUUGUGGGAGGAGGAGGAGGAGGAAGAAGAAGAGGAGAGUCGCGUUCGUUGGCUGCAUUUGGAUCCGUGUAUGAUGCUGGAGUGGACGUUGCGUGUCAAACUAAACUAAACGGAGAUUAAUAGGAGCACUUUUUUUUUAGGGCAGCUGGAAGAUUUUGCUUCUGCGAACAUGGCCGCGGGUGAGGGCAAUGCGCUAUAGAAUAGUUCCAACAGCCGCAUUUUUUAAAGUGGAUAAACGUUAAAACUUGCGGUGAAGAUGGAAACGUGUGUUUUUCUAACCUCCCGGGAUCAGUUCAUGCUUAGCCCACUCGUCACUUGGGUGAAGACCUUUGUUACUAAACAUGAUGAAGACUUGGACUUUUCUGAACUGUUGGACGGAGUCAUAUUGAAUGAAGUUAUGAGUCAAAUAAAUCCUCCAACUGUACCUCAAACUACAAAUAAAUUGAUCAAGGAUCCAAGUCAGAGGGUCCGGAACUUGACUUUCCUUGUCCAGCAAAUCAAGACAUAUUAUCUGGAACACCUGAGACAGUUGAUUCUGAUUCCUGUUCCAAAUGUUCUGCUACUUGCUAGGAUUCCCCACACUGGACAAACUCUGGAGGAAAUGAAAAAAUUGUUGUUGCUACUGCUAGGAUGUGCGGUCCAGUGUGAAAAAAAGCAGGAGUACAUUGAGAGGAUCCAGACACUGGACUUCGACACAAAGGCAGCCAUCGCACUACAUAUUCAAGAGCUAACCCACUGUCCGGACAAGCUGCUAGACCUCCACUGGUUGGAGUCCAGUGGGCUGCCCACAGACGAGCUGGAGGUCCUGUCAAAGAAUAUGGCCAUACAUCUUCAACGCCUUCUUGACCAGAGGGACACCCAUCUGGAAACUAUUGCAGAGCUAACACAAGAAAGGGAAGGUGUAGUGAGCAUGCUGUCAAUCCCAUCCAGUUCGCCGUGCACCAUGUACCCAUCCAGUAUGCAACAGCAGCAGCAGGCCGGUGCUCAGCAGCACUUAGUAGUGGAACUUGCUGACUCUAAGGCCAAGAUCAGACGACUUAGACAAGAGCUAGAAGAGAAGAGUGAACAGAUGUUAGACAGCCGACACGAGCUCGAGAACAUGGAGGGAGAGCUGAAGAGGAUGCAGCAGGAGAAUCUGCAGCUGCUCGUGGACGCCCGGGCAGCCCGUACCUACCGCGACGAGCUGGAUGCCCUGAGAGAGCAAGCAAUGAAAGCAGACAAGUUGGAGAGCGAGGUUGGACGGUACAGGGAGCAACUGCACAAGAUAGAGUUCUACAAGGCCAAAGUGGAGGAACUCAAAGAGGACAACAGAGUGCUCCAUGAGACAAAGGAGAUGUUGGAAGAUCAGCUGGCAGGCUGGCGUGUACGCUCAGAUAAAAUCCACCAGCUAGAAAAACAUAGUCUUCUCUUGAAGGCCCGGAUUCACGACAUGGAACAAGAAAAAGAGGCAGAUCUUAAGCGCAUCGAGGAGCUGCAGGACGAAAACUUGACACUGUGUUUGGCACAGAGAAGGAGCAUGGAUGAGUCCCAACACCUGGGAUGGGAGUUAGAGCAGCUUUCCAAGACCACUGAUAAUUAUCAUGGGCAGCAGACUUUAGGCGAGGAAGUGAGUGAGCGUAUCCGCAGUCGGCUGCUAAAAUUGGAGAAGGAGAACAAACAUCUCCUGAAAACUGUUGAGGAGCUCAGAAGUAAAACACAGUCCAAGAAACACAUCCACCACAAUGACAAGGACCGUGUCCAUCAGAAGGUCUGCAGCGCAGACAGGUGGGCCUCAUCAACAAAAGAAAACACUAGGUUAAUGAUUCCCUGCUCAGUUGAACAGAACAGCAGCCUCGGUCUGCUAAAUCAGAAGAUAGUUAUAAUAGAUUCAAAAUACCAGCCAGAAAAACCAGAGGAAGUUCAUACAGACCUCCGUUCAGCUAUUGCGGCUCCCAAUGUUCAAGGGAACGAACAGUUCAAGGAUGAUGAGAGCGGAGAACAUCUCAAAGCAGUUCUGCCUGGCCUAGAAGUCUAUGAAAACUGUGCCAAUUCUUCUGUUGGAGCACACGAUCCCUUGCCUUGCUCAAGAAACAGCCUCUCCAGCUUUGACGGCACCUUCACAAGCCUGCCAGCACGCUUCACUUAUGCCAACAAGCAAACAGAGCGACUGGAGGGCAAGUGCAGGAUGCUGGACUCCAUUAAUCAGCAACUACAAACAUCUCUUGCUAACAUUGAGCGAAAAGUGCAACGAUUGGAGGCUGAGGUUCAGGAGCUGGAGGCAAACAAUCAUAGCCUCCGAGUUGCUUUAGAAGAACUCAGGAUUACUGCGCGCCAUCUGGAUCAGAUCGAAGCAGAGAAGCAGAGUUUGGAACAAGAAACCACAACUCUAGAGAAGGAAAAAAGAAAGCUGGAAAAGGAAAAUCGACGACUUCGCCAGCAGAGUGAAAUCCAAGAAGCUAAUUUAGACAACAGCAAUGUCUGCAUGGCGAGUCUGGAAAGGGAGCUGCGCUGCCUGACAAAGGAGGUGGAGGAGUUGAGGGACACAGCAGAAAGGGUCAAAGGCCUGGAGAGGGACAACAGAGAACUGACCAAGCAAGCAGCUAUUGACCAGAAGACCCUCAGCACUCUUAGAGAGGAGCUUGUUGGUGAAAAACUGAAGACUCAGCAGAGAGAUACAGAACUCGAGAGGCUGGCCCAUGAGCAGGAGUUAAAGUUUCUCAACCAAGAGAGUAAACAACAAAUGGAACUCAACUCAGCGGACAGCAGGUUCAAAAUGCUGGAAUCAGAGUUGCAGUUGUCCGUGAAAAGGUCUUUUCAAAUUAAAGAAGAGAAAAUGUCUGUCCUAGAGGCCCGUUUGCAAGAAUUCACCUCACUCAAUCAGCAGCUUCGCCAUGAGCUCAAAACUGUGGAACUGCGCAAUGAAGCCUUGCAACAGAAGCAGGAGGAGGCAUCAACUGCAUCAAGCUCUACCCCACCAAGCGAGAAUGGCAAGGUAGUGAGUGAAUGGCUGCAGGAAUGUCAAGAAGCAACCAAAGAACUUCUGAAGCUCAAAGACCGUCUGAUUGAAGUGGAGAGGAAUAAUGCAACGCUGGGGACAGAGCGUCAGGCUACGCAGGCCCAGCUGAAGCAGCUGGAGAGUCAGUCUGACAGUCAACAGGCUCAGAUCCUUGCCCUGCAGAGGCAAGCAGCCUCCCUGCAGGAGAACAACACUGCUUUGCAGACACACAAUGCUAACCUGCAGGUGGAAAAAUCCACACUGAACUCGCAGAGCGCCUCCCUGUUGGCCCAAAACGCUCAGCUGCAGCAGCAGCAAGCAGGGACAGAAAGUGAGAAAGACAACGCCGUGCGGGAACUCAAAGGGUUGCGUGGCGCUAAUGAGCAGUUAUUACGCGACCAUGAACGGCUAGCGGCUCUUCAUGAGCGGCAAGCUACAGAGUACGAGGUCCUGAUGGGGAAACAUGGCUGUUUGAAAAAUGCCCAUCGCACACUGGAACUGGAGCAUCGUACACUGCAGGACAGAUACAACAGCGUGUUACAACAGGGGACCAAACUGGAAGAUCUGGAAAAAGCACUGAAGGAGGAGCAGAUGAGGAUAGGUCUGGAGAAGGAGCAUCAUAGCAGAAUUGCUGCUGAAUGUUGCAGGCUGCGGGAUGAGAAAGAUUGGCUGAACCAAACGUAUCGGCAGCUCCUGAACGACAACGAGCAGCUGACAGCAGAUCACAAGCAGCUUAAAAGCCAAUUAAAUGAGACUAAGCUGGAGCACACCUGGCUGGAGGCUGAUUUUUCCAAGCUGAAAAAGGAGUAUCAGCAGCUUGACAUCACCUCUACAAAGCUCACUAACCAGUGCGAGUUGCUGAGCCAGUUAAAGGGAAACCUGGAGGAGGAGAACCACCAUCUUCUCGGUCAGAUCGACACACUGAUGCUGCAGAACCGCACCUUGUUGGAGCAGACUAUUGAGAGCAAGGAUCUGUUUCACAUUGAAGAACGGCAGUAUAUUGACAAACUUAACGAUUUGAGGAGGCAAAAGGAGAAGCUGGAGGAGAAGAUAAUGGACCAGUAUAGGUUUUACGACCCCUCACCUCCUCGCAGGCGAGGCAACUGGAUCUCUCUGAAGUGGAAAAAGUUGAUCAAAUCUAACAGCCGUGAACAUGGACUAGAUCAACCUCUUAAACCAACUGAGGCACAACUCUCACGUCAUGACAGCGGCUCCAUCAUCAGUUCAGACGGCUCUGGAGGCUCGGUUUCCACAUCAGCAGGUGACACUAUCUCACCUCAGCGGAAUAACACCGUACUGAAACGGUUUCCCCAUAUGAGGAACAAACUGAAGAGCAAAGAAAAAGUCAACUCCCUCAUCAGGCGUUCUUUGUCUCUGAGCAGCUUAGUGUACCCUUCUGCCAUGUUGGAGGAGACACAAUGGGCAGAGAGCUCUGAGGAGAUGGAAGGGUACCAAGCUGACAUGCAGGACAGGAAAAAAGCAUUGACCUCAUUCCUUAGCUCAUCCAUCUUGUCCAUCCUCCACCUGCAUCCCACCACUGAACCAUCCAUCCAACGCCACCCUUCUGAGACUGGCAUUCCAGAUGUGUCACAACUGACAGACAAGGAUCUCAAUGACAGUGCUGUGCCAUCUGGUUUUGUGGACAACGACGAGCUGCAGCAUCACGAGUGUAACGCGGCCCCAAAUCGAGCUCAAAGUGAGAGCAGUGGUGAGUUCAGCAUGAGUCUGGAUAAUGAGCCCUGGUCAAAUGGCAGCAGCCCUGUCCAGCAGACGCCAACUCGCCACUCAUCUUCGUCAUGCCAACCACCCCGUGACGCCUCCACACCUGAGCCUGACCAGAAGGCCUCCUCCGCAGCACACAAGGAGAAAGCAUCGACCAUGCCCAUGACAAAGAGCCACGAUUCAGAUCUCAAGCUUAUACUUAAACAAAAAGAGCACACUCCGACCCAAGACUUCUGGCUCAAGCGGGGAACACGGAGCAUCAGAAGGGGAUCAAAGAGAAAAGAAACACGUCGCUCAUCCGAUUUCGGGGGCAUGGUCAGCCCAAAUGUCAGAUCUAGCUCCAGUAAUACUGAAUGUACCAAGGCCUCAGCUUCUGCACCAAUUACAGUCUUCUGUGUUCAGGGUAAGUCGUCCUCAAUGUCUGGCUGCCUCAAUUGCUUCUCCAAUCCUUUGGGAAAAGAAGGGCGGGUAAAGGGAUUCAGGUCUCCCAAAAGUUUCCCUCGUGCCAGCGCUGUGAUUACCACAGCUGAUGGCCCGUCCAGGUGCCCCAGCCUCAACGGCGACUGCAGGGUGCUUGUCAAGACUGAGACACUUCCUGCAGGAAAGUGCAAUAACAACAACCAUCAAGAAAUAACAAUCAAAGCCAGUCAACAACCAGAGCCUGAGCCCAUUCCUCCUGUCAAACCUCCCAGAGACCCAGCAGUUAUUGUGACCGAAGACCACUCAAAGUCUCCUGUACAGCAGUCUGAUUUCAACUCUCAGUUCACCCUCAGCUCUGUCUUUUCUAACACGAUCUUCAGUGAUUGUGCCGGGACUUUGACAACACCAGACCCUUUUCUCUCAGAGUCCACUUGUAAAGCCACCAGCGAGCCAGGAGUCUACUCGUAACCAUGUAGUUGCACAAGGGUAAAUAACAUCAAAUCAACGGUUACGUUAUUGAGUAACAUAACACAUUAGUGCAGGGGUUCCAAACUUAAUUUACCUGGGGGCCACUGGGUGCAGAAAUUGGGUGAGGCUGGUCCGCAAGAAAAGAUUUCUUAAAAAAAUCUAACAUGCACUUUUUAAUGAAUUUACCUUCUUUGAAUGGCUUUCCCGCCCUUGCAACAUACUUGCCAACCCUCCCGAUUUUUCCGGGAGACUCUCAAAUUUCAAUGCACGUCCCGACAAUCUCCUGGGGCAACCAUUCUCCCUAAUUUGUCCCGAUUUUCGCCUGGCCAACAAUAUUUAGGACAUGCCAUGAUAGCACUGCCUUUCAAUGUCCUCUACAACAUGUCAUCGCGUCCACCUUUACGUCAUACAAACAGCGUGACAGGCGAGCCGCAUGUUGUAUGAGGCUUCUGCAGACACACGUUUGUCUGCAUAAUGCGUUUGUCAUUCUUGUUUGGUGUGGGUUCACAGUGUGCCGCAUAUUUGUAACAGUGUUAAAGUUGUUUAUAUGGCCACCCUCAUUAUGACCUGUAUGGCUGUUGACCAAGUAUACCUUCACAUACGUGUAUGUUCAAAAGCCAGAUACAACAUAUGACCUAGCUGGCAUGCUGUUUGCACAGGUUGUAGAGGGCGCUAAAAGCAGCGCCAUUACGGCACCAUCUGAACGUUGGUGUUUGGGUAAGAGAUCAACAGAAAUUUGAGAGAAAGGAUGCCCUGAAAUUCGUGAGUCUCCCGGAAAAAUCGUGAGGGUUGGCAAGCAUGACGCUGUCAAGCGCCUUUAAUAUAAAACUCGCGGGCCGCACUAACAUAAAAUUUUCACAUCAAGGUGAGGGCCGCAAAAUAACGUCUCGCAGGCCGCAAAAGACCCGCGGGCCGCAUGUCUGAGACCCCUGCUUUAGUGUGUUUUACAUGACAUUGGGUCUUAUUGCACAGACUGUAUAUUUUGGGUUAGGUUUCUGUUCCUGUCCUAUAGAUUGUAAAACAUAUUUAGCAUAUUUUAUCCUGGUAGUGUGAUAGUACAAAAUUAGAGGCUUACAGUAGGGAAGGGAUUCAUAUCCCGGCCGAGUCACACCAAAGACUAUAAAAAUGGGAACCAUUACCUCCCUGCUUUGCACUCACUAUCGAGGGUUGGAAUUGGGGGAUAAAUCACCAAAAUAAUUCCCGAGUGCUGCCACUGCUACUGCUGCUCACUGCUCACCUUACCUCCCAGGGGGUGCGGGUGAUGAGUCAAAUGCAGAGGAUAAUCUCAACGCACUGGUACUUUAACUUUAAAAAUAUGGUCCCAUAAUCAUUUUACAAUGCUGUUUGCUGAAAAUGAUGGAAAGCGCCACUCUUUAUUUGAAAUUGCCACAAAACACAUUUUUAAAUAUUCCAAACUCUACUGCCAUCUAGCGGCUAAAGUAGAUAGUGCGCAACCCCCACCCACACCCCAUUCGUUGCGUUUCAUGUGUCAGGCAAACUGCGACAAAGGGGGCCAUAACAUUUCCCUCCCCUUCCUACUGUAUGUCAGAAACGGCAUCCAGAGCUUAAAAACUUAGGCAGAAAUAUAAUUGAUUUGGACCACCGUUAGGAAAUACUAAAACAGAGAGGAAAUAAAUUCCUUCUGCUGCAUUAAAUAUUGUACACUCCAGGUUUGUGUCCCCACUCCUGUGUUUUUAGUGUAAUUUGUCUAUCCUUUGUUUUUGUUUUUGUACAUUUUAUGUCCAAUUGCUUUACCAGUAUUUUUGGAUAGAUUAUAUUCCAAGUUUUAUGACAGAACGUGAACCUGAAGGAACUGUGAUAUUCACAUGUGAUUUAACAUGUAAAUCUUAUCCUUUGUGUUUUAUCCAUUUUAAAAGAGAAAAUAUUUAAGCAAAAUAGAAAAAUGUUUGUCCUUGUUUGAAUUGUUUUUUACUGUUCUUAUUGGAUGUAUUGUUGCCAGACAUAUGAUCAUUAUUGUAUUCUACAAUAAUUUCACACUUUGUACUAUGUUAUAACCACAAAAAUGCUAUAAAGCGUGUAGGUUUGAGUUCUUCAAUUUCAAUUUAUGGUUAGUAGCAAACUAAUUAUGGAGAUAAAUCUGUCUUUCAUGUAACCAAAUAUGAAAUAAAAUCACUUACGAACAAAAAAAAGUUUUGGUUGCAAGUCUCUUCUUUUAUUUAUUUAUUUUUGUUUCCUAAUCCUUUAUUUGGUUAUGAUCAACUUCAACCUUAUGGGCGGGGCCUCUUCUAAAUAAAAUAUUAAUUUUGGUUGCAAAUCUUUUUUUUGUUCAAGGGUGUGAUUCCUGAGGUAACAAUUCAAUUCAGCACGAUUCUCAAAUCAAACUAAUUUUCGUAAUGUAAUAUUUGGUUUA